AUCAGUAUUGCAAUUGGCAACGAGUGUAGCACGAGUGAAACAAGAGAUUAAAAAAUGGCAUCCGCGCCGACGUCGCACAAUGAGGUUUCCCAGGAAUUUUCUGUCAACAAACUCAUACGUGUCGGUUAUUAUGAGCUGGAAAAGACAAUUGGCAAAGGAAAUUUCGCCGUUGUAAAAAUGGCCACUCAUGUCGUAACAAAAUCUAAGGUUGCUAUAAAAAUAAUAGAUAAAACUAAAUUAAAUGAAGAAAACUUAGCAAAAAUUUUUCGUGAAGUGCACAUAAUGAAGAGGUUACGACAUCCACAUAUUAUAAGGUUAUACCAAGUAAUGGAGACGGAAAAAAUGAUAUAUUUAGUAACAGAAUAUGCUCCUGGAGGUGAAAUAUUUGAUCAUCUCGUUAGAAAUGGUAGAAUGCCAGAACCAGAAGCACGAAGAAUUUUCCGUCAGAUCGUGCUUGCCGUUCGUUAUCUGCAUCAACAAAGUGUGGUUCAUCGAGACCUUAAGGCUGAGAAUUUAUUACUUGAUGCAGACAAUAAUAUAAAACUUGCUGACUUUGGAUUUAGUAAUGAAUAUACACCUGGUGUUCCACUGAGUACAUGGUGUGGUUCACCACCAUAUGCUGCACCUGAAAUCUUCGAAGGAAAGCAUUAUGAUGGUCCGAGAGCUGAUGUAUGGAGCCUUGGCGUUGUCUUAUACGUAUUAGUUUGUGGUGCUCUACCGUUUGAUGGACCUACAAUGCAAUUGUUACGAUCUGUAGUUGUCUCAGGGAAAUUCAGAAUACCAUUUUUCAUGUCUGCAGAUUGCGAAAAACUGAUCAGGCAUAUGUUGGUAGUAGAACCAGAGAGGCGUUUAAGUAUUUCACAAAUCUUGACGCAUUCAUGGAUGGAUGGAGAGGGAGUAGUGGAGUUAGAACCUGGAGGAUGCAGUCCUGAUGUCAGUGUUCCACCACAAUUAAAUCAAUUAGUAAUAGAGAAUAUGUUGAGAUUGCCCGGACUCAGCGCAGAUACAUUAUUACAAGCUAUUAAAGGAAAUACUUUUGAUCAUGUAUCAGCUAUAUAUAACUUGCUUGUUGACCGAUUAGAACCAACAAUGCCUAACUUACCUAAUAUCCAAAGUAUGCCGGGUGAUUACUUGCCAGAUGAUGCACAUUCUCAAUUAGAAAAGUAUGGUGAAACUGAAGCGGAAACGGAAGAAAAAAGUAGUCUUUAUUUGCCAUCCGGUACACCUUAUCAUACAACAAGAAGACACACAGUUGGACCUGGCGAUGCGGUGCAUCAGUCCCCAACGUCAUAUCCUUAUAAUCAUAUGUCAGGAUAUCAAACUUUACGACCUCUUCCUAUUCAUUAUAACAUGGAUCCUCAAGUUUUACCACAUACGAAUUUACCACUGAAUCUUCCUUUAAUUCAACAUCAACCACCUCAAAAUUUCCAAAUAAAAGAUCAGCAUUUAUUGAAGCCGCCUCCUGUGAUGGGAGCAACCAGUAGCUUUGGUAGAAGAGCUUCAGAUGGUGGAGCAAAUCUUCAUAUAUUUCAUCAACAACAGAGUAAUAACGUUAAUAACGACGAAGAUGGUGGUUGGAGUCAACCUGGUAGCAGGGAACAAUUACAGCCUUUACAGAGUAGUAGUUCAGGAUUAGUACAGUGUGCCCAAUCAUUAAGCGUUGCUGUCAGUACUGCGAGUGGAGAAGGCAGCAAUAAUAGCAGUGGUAGUAAUAGUGGAAAUAACGACAGAAGAAGGAAAAGUGGUCUUACCACAGUUAUGCAUCGGCCAGUUAUAAAUCCGGAACUGGUAAUGGAGGUAGAAGCUAGGAUGAAUAGAGCUUACCUACCAUCACGGCUGUUACCACCAGCUCAUCUUAGAGGAUCAACACUUCCGCACUACAGGAAAACUUCAUUAUAUCAUACUAGUACUGUAAGCAAUAGAGAGUCGUAUAAGGAGCCGAGCAGCCACGUUGCUAGUGAAAGAUAUUCACCUGUUCGUCGAGCAUCGGAAGGAUCAGGUGCACCUGGACCAGGCAUCCAAGCUCUCCAACAAGAGUAUCAACAGUUGCAGAGACUAGCAUCUCCUUCACACAGUCCUGCAAGUAUUCCUGGAUCUCCUGUACAUGAAAGAGGUGUAGCAGCAAUUACACAAGGUCUGAGUGGUUUAACUACGACGCCGCAAGGAAGUAUCGUGCACGGUACACCAGCACAGCCACCAGCAACACCUUUAGAUUUAAGUCCACUUAGGCAUCAUAGAUCACCCGCUACUACUCCUGUGAAUUACUCCCCCAGUAAUAGUCCAGCGUUGGAUAUGAUACAAGAAGAACAUUCUGCAGAGAUUUCAAGGGUGCCACCGCAAAUUUCAGUAACAGAUGUCCUCGGCGGACAAGUGACGUUAAUUAGUUGCUCGCCUUCUCCGACUCCAUCGCUCGAUUCACUGGAGGAUGCGUUACCUCAUUACAAUACUCUUCCGAGUUUUAUUAUCUCAGAACCGUGCGAUCCUUUGAGACCUAGUAUUACACGCGGUAUCGGUAGGCCACUUAGUACGAUACCUACCGAAGUCGAGGUAACUCUGUCCGACGAGUCGAGCAGAUUGAAUUCCGAAGCUAUAUUAGGUCGCGUUAAACAAAUAAUAGAUGCGAGAGCACCACCAAAGGGUUUCAUAUUUUCGGGGGAGGAAAUGGAAGGUAGUGGACUUAGUUUAGAAUAUCCGGGUGGCGUACAAAUCGAACUUAGAGUAUGCGAAUCGGAGGAAAGAGAAGUGAAGGGUAUAAAAAUGCGUAGGAUUAGCGGGGACCAAUUGCAAUACAGUCAACUUUGUCAGCAAUUGAUUUCGUGUAUUACUGUUUGACGACAACCAGCGUAUAAUAUAACACUUUUUUAUACAUUACGUUACAUUCCUAGUGCAACAUACACUGUUCAUCACAGUAUUGCGUAUAAAUGCUGCAUACACACAAUCGGUAUUUUGAUAUUGCCAUUCUUCAUAUUAUAUUUACACGUGUAAUAUUCAGUGUAUUAUAGCUUUCUUUUUUAAUAUUUAGUUUGAGUGAUAAGAAGCCAUUUUAUUUAUGACUUACGAAGUUAUUAGAAGAUACGAGAUACACAGGAUGUGUAUCCAUGUUUAAAACAUUCUGAAACAUUUCAUUGUUAUAUACAUAUUUGGUAAUUUAUCAAAAAGUAUAUAUUUUUGUUCUUUUUACUUUUGACAGAUAAAUAAAUAUUAGAUCUGUUCUUUUUAGCUGAACUGGAUGCACUAGUUCAGAAUUUUUCUCCUUCCAUUGUAGAGGAAAAGAGAUGAACUCUGAACUAGUCCAGUCAGUUCAGCUAUAAAGAACAAACCUAUUAAAUGAAUGAAUUUAGGUAAAAAAGAUUUUAAUAAAAAUUUCUUUAUAUUAGUGUACAAUUAAAGAUUUAUAAUAGCGCUCAGAUGAUAUAUAGGGAGUUUUCCAGCCGAGAACACAGUCGACGCAGUGUGACAGUUUCGAUAGAAAUUUUUUCUGCAAUAAUGCGGGUUAUAUGAGUCAAUACAAUUACUUUGUAUAAAAAUUUAUGUUAAGAUUGUAUGUGUAGCGCUAAAAUAUUAUUUUUUUUUUUAUCUUUUGUUUUACU